CAGCGCUGUCCAGAGGCUCAACAGCGCUGUCCCAACAGCGAUGUAGCCUUUAGAACAUCGCUGUUCUGGAUAAAUUUUUUUAAAAAAAUAUCCGUUGGCACCAGCAUUAAUUGAUCCAACAGCCAUAUUUUUGAGAAUCUGGACGUUGGAGACCUCUUUCUCUAUAAUUUGGGACCCCCUCUCUUCACUUUUACACACACAAACACAAUUCUCUUCAACAUCUUUGCUUAUUUCAUCAUCUCUACUCUUUUCUCUUGAGUUUUCUUUUCAUGGGCAAGGACAAGAGUAGGGCUGCCACCUCCGGGAAAUCAAAGUCCAAAUCCCGGGCGCCUACAACAUCCACCGAGGAACGCCUCUACUAUGGCGACGGAUCGUACCGCUGGUUCGAUUCCGAGGAGGAGCACACCCGCUUUCUCACCUUCUUCUCUAAACGGGUCGUGGCUCCUCCACGGAUCAUCCCAGAGCGCUACCCAGAGCUUCAGGGCUACGACGACCUCGACGCGCAGCUUCAUCAGGCCGGCCUUUGGCCUUUCGUCUCCCGGGCUCGGAAGGAGAUCAACCCGGCGCUGAUUCGGGUCUUCUACUCCAACCUCCGGCGUGAGGGCGACGUGCUCUACUCUCUUGUCAAGAGCACGCCGAUAGAGCUUUCAAUUGAGCAGCUUGGGCGCAUCGCCGGCCUCCCCUACCAAGGCGACGACGUCUCCCACUAUGGUGGAGAGGACUGGGUGCUCAACAACGAGGGCCUUAUCCUCAACGAGCUUGGCAUCACCAAGCUCAUCCGCCUUGCCUCGGGCCGCCCCACCAUCCACUCCGCUAACCCCGAAGGCCGUCUUCUUCUCUACAUCGUGUCCCGAAUCAUCAAGCCCCGGAAGCAUGGCCACACAAUCAUGUCCGGUGAGGACCUCAAACUCAUCCAUGCGAUCAUGCACUUGGCCCCAAUCAAUUGGGCAAAGUUUGUCAUGAUCAACAUGACGAUUGUCGCGUCCACCGACCACAAUCACCUCCUCCCGUACCCGUUCGUGGUGAUGGACAUCCUUGAACGGUUCAAGGUGACCACCACCGUUGGCCCACUCACAAAGGCCACGAAGAUUUGGGCGAUCAGCACCCAAACCUUCAAGAAGCGGUCGGACAACGCCGGACCUGCCACUGCCGUGCCACGGCCCCGUUCUGCUGCUGGCCCAGCCAAACCCCAGGCCCGGGCCAACCUUGCCUCCAUUGCUGACUCCCUCAACCGGCUGCACUUCAAAGUUGAUGGGAUGGAUGGCUACCUUGAAAGACUUGACGAGGCGGUCCAACGCCAAGGGUACGCCAUGAACGCGUACUUCCAACGCGUUAACUACGUCCCCCCACCGUACCAUGGCAUGUUCUUUGGGCAGGUGUACGGUGACGAGGACGAAGACGAUGCCUCCUACGACCCGUCACGCUCCCCGGACGAGGACGAGUUCAACGACGCCGUUGACGGUGAUGCGAUGGACGUCGACGACGAUGAGGAGGAAACCGAACACGAAGACUAGGAUGCCCCUAGAAUUUCUAUCUCUUUUAUUUUAAUUAUCCUUUUUUUUUAAUGCUUCAGUUGUACUCCGCUAUUUCCCUUUUUCAAUAAAUAAAAGUUAUCCUCUAUCUUUUUGUUAAUGUCAAAAGGGGGAAGAAAAGGGUUAUGCAUAU